CUUGGAGGCAAUCAUGAUAAGUUGUGCUGGGUAUCCCACCAGAAAACCAUUUGAAGAAUUUGUGGAUCAGUUUGGCAUCUUGGCUCCUGAAGUUUAUGGAUGGAGAGUAAGUGGAACGAUCUUAUAUGAGUGAUGGAAUUCCCGCUUGCAAGAGGCUUCUGGAGAAAGCUGGACUUGAAGGCUAUCAGAUUAGUAAGACAAAGGUGUUUCUAAGGGCCGGACAGAUGGCAGAGUUUGAUGGUUGUCGGACUAAGGUCCUAGGUUUUCAUCGCUACAAUCUUGCAUUCAUUUCACAACACAUGAGUUUGCUAUUAAACACAUGGCUGAUGGUGACAAAGGGCUAUUGGGAGUUUGUUGGUGAGAUCAGGUCACAGUCAACGGAAGGCAAGAACUGGUCAACUACAGAAAUGGAGGAUUCCGGUCACGGUUAAUGGUAGUAGGUGUUGAAUUAGUAAGAAAUCCUAAUGUAGGCUGGCCUGCC